AUUGUUUUGCUGUAGUUAAUUGGAGUGCGCAUCAUGUCCGAUCGAGAGAGGAGCCGCUCGAGAACUCGUAACGGAUCUAGGGAGCCGGCACCGAAGCCCACAGCCAUGUCUCGUGGACACAGCCGAAGCCGGUCGCGAACGCCGCCCCCGCCAAAAACAUCUAGCAGGAAAUAUAGAAGCCCGACGCGGUCGCGGUCGGGGUCCGCGCGGCGCGGUUACCGCUCGCGGUACUCCCGCUCCCGCUCGCGCUCAUACUCGCCGCGCGGCUCCUACCGCCGCUCACACUCGCACAGUCCCAUGUCCUCGCGACGGAGGCAUCUUGGUGACAGGGUGAGUUCCACCUAUGAGAAUCCAACUCCAUCAAGGUGUCUUGGUGUAUUUGGUUUGAGUCUUUACACAACUGAACAGCAGAUAAACCACAUCUUCUCUAAAUAUGGGCCAGUUGACAAAGUACAAGUUGUUAUUGAUGCCAAGACGGGUCGCUCCCGCGGCUUCUGCUUCGUCUACUACGAGAACCAAGAGGACGCGAAGGUUGCCAAGAACGAGUGCACGGGCAUGGAGAUAGACGGGCGCCGCAUCCGCGUCGACUUCUCCAUCACGCAGCGCGCGCACACGCCCACGCCCGGCAUCUACAUGGGCAAGCCCACCGUCAGUAGCAGAGGCGACAACGGAUACGAUCGUCGAGGGCGAGGAGACAGAGACGACUACUACUACCGCGGCGGUGGCGGCGGCGGGUACCGCGAGCGCGACUACUACCGCUACCGGCACCGCUCGCCGUCGCCGCACUACCGCCGCAGCCGCCGCUACGAGCGAGAGCGCUCCUACUCCCCGCGUAAGUCUUACUACCACCCCGAGCGGUAGACGUGUCAUCCCAUCCUAUCCUAUCAAACAUUCUUUCCUAAUACUUAUUCCUUUAUUCCUAGCAUACCAUAAGUCUUACUGCCACCCCGAGUGGUAGACGUGGCCGUCCUAUAAUCUCAUAUAUCCUGACAUCCUAUCAUAUCCCAUACCAUAUGUCUUUCUACCACCCCAAAGGUAAACAUGCCCGUCGUAUCCUUUCAUCCAUCCUGACAUCCUAUCAUAUCAUACCAUGUCUUUCUACCACCCCAAAAGUAGACAUGCCCUUCCUAUCCUGUCACACAUCCUAACAUCUUAGCAUACCAUACCAUAAAUCUUACUACCACCCC